GAAAUUGGAACUCGAAAUUAAUUAAAUAUGAAACCCAUUUGCUGACACAACACCCAUCAAAACCCACACUUAAAACACAUUAAUACAAACAAAAAAAACUAAAAAAAACGCAAUGUCCAAAAACAAUACGGGACUCGAAAAGCAGGUUAAGUUUAGGAUUCAUCACAAGGACAUAUCAUCUACAUCUCUAAAAUCAUCGAGACACAAAGAGGUUAAUAUCAAACGGAAAAUGAACACUUCCAAAUCUGAAAAUCUGACUGAACAUGGCCUUACAUCUUGUCUGAUUACCAGCUCGUCCGAUGUACGGAUCGUAGGAGGUGCUAAUGACCCAGCACAGCGAUUUGCUGGGAAGUUGCCUCGCACCGACAGCGAGUGUCAGUUCAAAGCGCCGGGACACCGAUUUCUUACCGAACAAGAUACGAGUGUGAACACCCAUGAGGUCAAGAUGAGCCCCAGGGUAGUCAAGAAAAAGGAUUUAAGGAACAAAUGUGAUUUCUUUGCUAAGGACGAGGACACGCGUCCGUUUAAGAGUAAGAUCACACAGACGCUUUACAGGGAAUCCUCUGCGCAGACAAUGAGUUAUUUGCCUGAGAUCUUAGAACCAGACGGUGUAAAAACUUUGGAGCUCUUUUCUCUGCCGUCUAUUUUCCCAGAAGCAAAUCGACCAGGACUCCAUGAUGUCGAGGUCCUAAGCCGCGCCAGGAAACGAUGGGCUUUUAGUAAUUCCGUAAAGAUCCACUUCAAAAGACUGCUUCAAGAGGCUAGGAAAGUGGCCAUAAAAACGGAGUACAAGGAGAUACUGGAAGCCUUUGAGUGGGAGGAGUGGAUACAGCGCGAGGAGGACAUUCAAGAGUGCCAGAUGAUGCGUCUCCAGAUCGUGAUUAAAAUGUUUGACAAGAGGGAGAAAGAGAUGCACGCCGCCUCAAAGUCACGAAUUGAAAAAGCUUGCGAGCGAAUCGAGCAGCGACGCCAGGCGGGUUUGCGAAAGAACGAGAUCGAGUUCCAGCGGGGAAUGCGUCGACUGGAGUACCAAGUCAAUAGGAAUCCGCGAAGGUGGGAGAAGCAAAGUCCCAUGUAUUCGUUGGGAUCUCCGUGCUCCGAGUUUUACGCUCCGCUCUCAAGAUACGGGGUUGAUCCGGCGCGUCGCAACUUUGUGUCCAAAACAGCACAAAAUGCGUUCGACAUGAGGAUCGACAAUUUAGAGAAACGGGUCAACAUUACCGACCUCAAAUGUCCGUUUAGAAAGCUUAAGGAUUGGUCCAAGCCCAAAAAGUAUGACCAGGAGUACGAGCGCAACUUCUGUAAGGAAGACAAUCUGCAAAAGCUCUUCGAGUCUUUGAAGGGCCUUAGAACACAGGCCAAUACGGAGAAAGAAGAACCAAAAUGUCUUGUUAAGCGGAGAAAACCAGAACUAGGUAGAGCGGCAUCCCUAAUGACCCUGGCCUAUCUAACUGACCUUUACGAUAAAGGGAGUGAUCCCGAUAAUUUUGGUACUUUUACACAUCACUCCAAGCCGGCGACGAACCAAAUGUCAGACACAAUGCUAUUGCAUUUGAAGAACGACAGGAAGCGCGAGGAAAUGGAGCACAUGUUGAACAUAUAUGAGGGCACCUACGUGGGCUGGGUGAUGCAGUUUCUAUCGGAGGAGAUGACUCGUCUCUCGGAGCUGCGAAGGCUUCACUUUUUCUCGAUUAUGGCCCAAAAGGAGCGCUGGAGACGCGAGGCCGCUGAAGCUGGACUGCGACAGAAGGAGAACGAAAUGAGACUGUUGUACGAGGAGCUGUUCCAGCAUUGCAAUGUGGUCCACAAUGAGAUCUCCAAUAAGUACUUCGCUAGCAUGCUGAGCUCUGAUAUGUACAAUAUGGCAGAGGACCUUGCUGGCGAGACAGUGAGUGAAUUGGCGAAGCAGAUCGAUACGGAUAUAUUGAGAUGGCUGGAGAGCUUCAAGUUGAUCCAGAACCCCCUCACCUAUGUUCCUUUACGGGUAAUGUUGAAUGACAUGAUUUCGCCCAAUAUGAACAAGAUUCUGCAGCUCUACGAGAAUUCCCUGAUCGCGCAGUACGUAGUAGAUGAUGUUAUUUUCCCAAAGGUGUGGAAUGACCUGGAUCCGUUCGACAUAGGAGCUACAUUAACGAGUGACCUCAUAGAUCGCCUAAUCGACAACGAUUUGUAUCUCAUGUCCACGGACAGCGAAAGUGAAGCCCCUCAACGAACUUCCUGGCAAGAAGCUUAUGCCAUUAUUAGAAAGGUCAUCCGACGGGCAGUUCCCGGCGAUCGUUGGCUUCAAAUAAAUGAGCGUAUUGUAAUCGAAAACUAUAACGAUCUAUUCGACGACGUGUUCGCAGGCAUCUUUGACAAGAUGGAAAAUCUUCCAGCCGUCAAGCCUUCCGAUUUAAUAGAACUCUGUCAGACUGUCUCUCAUAAUUACAUCCAUUACAUGGACAAUAUCCGCGAAAAGGAGAAUUUUAAUAUCGAAUAUGAUACCUCACUGCCAGGGUCAGAAUUUGAAAAAAAACAGAUGCUAAACAUAUUAAAGAAAAACAGAGUUGAGAAUAUUACAAGAAAUUUAGAAAACUUUGAUAAGCCCCUAGAGGGUGACCUGCCAUCUGCCAGCGAUAUAUUUAUAAGGUCUCAAGUAAUCAAUCCCAUACCGAUCCCAAUCACCACACCAAGUGAUUUGUUCAGUCUUAGAAGCACUCUCGAUGUUUCGCACGCCUCUAAUUUGGGCUCGUUUGUAGGAAGGGGCUAUAGAGUAGUGCUUCCCAGUGAGGACGAAAGAAAUCCUAUUAUUGAUGUGGUAAAACAUCCACUAGAAAAGAAGCUUUCUGGGAAUACAGUGACUAGUAUUGAGUCACCGAAAGCAUUGUUUCAUAAAACCCAGUCGGCAAUAGACUUAAGGCCGCGGAUUUCAGAAGCAUCUCCAUCCCACGUUGAAAGAGCGCAAGAAGACAACUUCAAGCCAUUGGAUUCAUCAACCAUCCCAUCUCCUGGUGAUGCGGAACCUAUAGUCUCCACUCCAGUUGAAUUUAACCCCGUUAACGAAUCGACUUCUCCGAACUUGAUACCCGUUUCCUUGGCUUCUAGUGUCAUAAUAUCCAGCGAUACAGCCACAAACGAUUUAGACCAACAGAAGGAAACGGAGAGGGAAAUGCACUCGACAGUUGAAUUCAAUCUCGAGCCCCAAGCCGGACCGGAUUCCGAUAUCGGAGUGAAUCCCGAAGCCGGACCGGAACUCGAACUUUUGCCCUGGUCGGAGGACUCGUUGUCCUUCAUCCCACCCGUACGUUCUUCGGGAGUAAAAAAUUCGAGUCUGAUUAAAUCUGUCAAAGGAACUCAUUCUUCUAAGAAGGCAAAAACUAAAAAAUAAACGAUCAAUAUGAAGUUAAGGAAAGGUAUAUUGGCUCCUUAAGCCCCAUGACGCAGGUCCUGCCAUUCAAACAAGCAAAGACCCGUGAAGAACACAAUUGAUAUUGUAGAAAAAUUUAAUAAAAACUAAACAUGACGAA